AUGGUUGAUUUUGCGGAUGUGAUAUUCGAAGAACCCUCAUCACAGGAUUUUGCCGAUGUAAUCCUAGGUGAGACGGUUUCUUGUGCUUUUCAUGGAACUCCUUUGCAUGGGGGUGUAAAGGAGGCGGUCUUGACGGCGAUUGGGGAUAAUGUUGGAAUUAAUAAAAGGAGUGUGAAACCUCGGAUUCUUUUUCCGUUGGAAGCUAUGAGAGGUAUGGCUAAAUCUUUCCAGUCGAUUCUUUACGUGUAUUUUUUGGGACCUCGAUUUCCCAUUGUCCUUCGUGCGGUUCAAAAUGCAUGGGGAAAGUUUGGUUUCAUAGACGCUAUGGUAAAUGAACUUGGUUAUUUCUUCUUUCGGUUUAAUGAUGAUGGUGGUUGUAAUCAGGUUGUUGAAUCGUCACCCCUCAUGAUUAGAGGGAUGCCACUUUUUGUCUCAACAUGGGACCCUUCAAAGGGWCUUCAUAAACCUGAGCAUUCCUCAUAUCCUUUAUGGAUUAAAUUUUAUAACAUUCCUCUUGUUGCGUUCAAUAGAGAGGGUAUUAGCCGUAUUGCAAGUGCAGUUGGAGUUCCUUUGCAUUUGGAUGCUUGUACAGCUAGUACAUGUGAUAAAACUUGGGGAAGAACAAAUUUUGCUAAAGUUUUGGUGGAUGUUUGGGCCGUGGGUGAGAUACUGCGGCAAAUCGAAGUGGUAAUACCGAGGCUUUCGGGUAGUGGCGAAGAUAUGAUAAAGGUGGUUUUGGAGUAUGAUUGGGUGCCAUCCCAAUGUUCUAAGUGCAAAGUUUUUGGACAUCGUACGUCUUCUUGCAUGAAAGGGGAUAUAAGAAAGCAAAAGGAGAAUUUAAUGUCAUCAAGUAAUGAUGGUUUUAAAGAACCUAGAAGAAAACAUUGGAGGCCGAAGACUACUUCUGGACCUAGUACUGGCGCUCAGGCAGCUACUUCAGGUGAAGUUUCUAUGACUCCUGAUACGUUAGUUAGUGUUGGUACCAUAAAGCAGGUUAAUGAGGUACCGCCUUUCUCGGUCAUGGCUCAAAAGGAUAAAGAUGUUGUCAAGACUGCUGCUUCGGCAGUAUUAGUUGGGGAAAGUGUGGGACAUGUGGAGAGUCAAUAUUGUACUGUGGAUGCUGGGAGAACGCCAAGAGGAAGAGAAGAUCAUUCGAAUGUAACACUCCCAUCAAAGGGGGGUCCGGAACUUGUAAAAGUGGUGGUUCAUGCAUUUCAGCCGAGACGUGGUGUUGUAAACUCCACGUCUACUAGUAAUCGGUUUUCCUCAUUAGUUUCUGACGACUCUAGUGAUGAUGAUGAUAUGGAGAUAAUUGAUACUGAGGGGCAUACUGUGGAAAGAAGUAGGGGGGGAGAUAUUCACUUCAGAUUCCCAAUGAUAAAGUUUGCUUCUUGGAUUAUUAGGGGUCUAAAUGCCCUAAUAAAGCAAAAAGAGGUACGUGAUCUUAUUCAUGUAAAGAGUCUUUCUUUAUGUUGCAUCAUUGAGUCUAAAGUUUUACCAAGUCAUCUGGGAGAUGUAUGUGGUAGAGUGUUUGGUAGAUGGAGUUGGAUCACAAAUGGUUUAAUGUGUGAUCAAGGAACUCGUCUUAUUAUUGCAUGGGACCCGUCUGUUUUGUCCUUGAUAUUGAUUGAGCAGCAUUUUCAAUAUGUACAUUGUGAAAUUCGGAUUAUUGGUCAUCCUGAGCCCAUAUUUAUUACAUUUGUUUAUGGAUGUAACACGGGAGUGGAAAGGAGGGAUCUUUGGCGGGAUAUUGGAAAAUUCAAUGCUUUUACUCAUAGGAAAGCUUGGAUUGUGAUGGGUGAUUUUAAUUCAAUGCUUUUCCCCCAUGAUGGGUUGGGUGGAUCUUCUAGACAUAACUCGGAUAUGGAGGAGUUUCAUCUUUGUCUGGAAGAGGUAGAGCUUUUUGAUAUCACGUACCAGGGGUGCCAAUAUACUUGGACGCAGAAACCUUCUGGGGGAGAAGGUAUAUUGCGUAAAUUAGAUCGUAUUUUGGGAAACUCAGUGUUCAUUGACAGAUUUGGGGACGCCUCUGUUUUCUUUGAACCAAGGGGGAUCUCUGAUCAUUCUCCGGGCAUUCUUUCAUUCAAAGUAGGGAGACGAGUUAGACAAUGUGGUUUCAAAUUUGAUAAUUUCGUGACUUCUCAUGUGGAUUUCCUUAAAUCCGUGGAGGGUGUGUGGAUAAAACCUCAGAAAGGGUCUUAUAUGAAGAAAGUGCUCCGAAAAAUGCAAGAGAUGAAAGGGGUUUGCCGUCGGCUUAGAAAUUCAUAUGGAAGUCUGGAUAAGAAGGUGGCUUCUUUAAAGACGGAACUAGAUGUUGCUCAAUUGGCUUGUGAUCUAGAUCCGUUUAAUGAUAUGCUGAAAGARGACAUUGCUCAYCUCUUGUUAGCAUAUCAAAAAGCCAGGAAUGAUCAAUUGGAAAUGGUUCGWCAWAWAGCAAAGAUUUCUUGGUUAAAUGAAGGGGAUGGUAACUCUAAGUUCUUCUUUCAUGCCAUGAGAGAGAAGCGUAAUAGGAGCCAUAUUGCUACUAUUACGGAUUCUUUUGGUACUGUUUUUGAACAUCACRAUGUUCCAAAAGCAUUUGUUAAUCAUUUCGAAGGUAUUAUGGGUGCUUCUAAUACGUUGGUUCAUCCUUCUAUGGCGGAUUGUUCUUUUGCUCACUCUUUAUCGUUAUCGGACUCUCUGCAUUUAAUCAGACCUUUUACGGAUAUGGAAAUACAGAAUGCUCUUUUUGAUAUUGGGAAUGACAAGGCUCCGAGUCCUGAUGGGUUCUCGUCAAAGUUCUUUAAGGCGGCUUGGAGUGUGGUUGGUAGGGAUGUUCUUAUUGCGGUAUAUAAUUUCUUCUACUCAGGAAAUUUAGAGUACCAGUUGAAUCAUACUUUGCUUUGCUUCGUUCUGAAGGUUCCUAAUGCUUCUUGUGUAAUUGAUUAUCGACCCAUCGCCUGUUGUAAUGUGUUGCUUAAAUGUAUCAGUAAAAUUAUUGCUGACAGGAUGAAAGGCUCAUUGGAUGUUCUUAUUAGCAAGGCUCAAUCUGCGUUCAUUCCUGGMCGACAGAUAACUGAUAAUAUUCUAAUGGCGCAUGAGCUUGUAGCAGGUUACCAGAAACUCCAGGGGGGCGCCAAAGGGGAUGCUACAUCAGUUGAAGUGAUAAAACGAGCCCUCCAAUUGUUUGAGGAACGUUCGGGUUUGUCACCGAGUCUUGAAAAAAGUGAAGUGUUUUUCGGGAAUGUGGGGUUAGAUGUUCAAAAUAUCAUUCACAACUGCCUUCCUUUUCGUCCGGGGGUUUUUCCUUUUCGCUACCUUGGAGUUCCUCUCUCUCCAGUUAGAUUGAAG